CAUUCUCAAUCGUUAUUGGUUGAUGUUUUUCUUCCAAUUUCAAACUUCCUCUUUGAGUAACAUAUAAAGACCGUCCGAAGAACCGUCCGUUGAUGUAAGUAGGGGAAUUGACGAGAGAGUCAAAGGACACUAAUGCGAAGGUCAAAUUGUUCGAAACAUGGCAUUCAGUACCUAUAUCAAAUCAAUAACAUCGCUUUUCAAGAAAAAUGAAAACACAAUACAAGGUUGUUUGAUUGUAGCAGCAACUGCAAGUUUAAACCAACUGAUUGCAGCAUCAUUCUUUCAAUGCCCAAAAUCAGCAUAUCACAAGUAUGGAUGGACAUUUAUGGUCCUCCCUGGACUGAUUUUGGCUGUUCUUUCAUUACUGGCAUCAAACAGCUUUACUUUGGGAAUCACAGGGCUUUGUAGGAAAGAUGAAGAUGUUCCUGAACCAGCAAAGCUUGGCAAAAGCAAGAGGUUUUGGGGCUAUUUCUUUAAAACAUUGGCGUUCUCGUUGGCUUAUGCAGUUUUGGCCUUUACGAGUUGGUUAACUAUGUCGCUGCUUUUCACUGAUGCAUACUCCUGCGCAAAGAUUGGAGCUUUCAACAAAAAAACCCAGGAUAAACUUUCGAAGGACGAUUACUUGGCCAAGAAGGAGAAGUACGACACCGAUUCAAGGGUGAUUGGAUUGAUACUGUUGACGGCUGGCCUAUCGGGGGUGUUUCUCAUGCAUCUUAUCACUAAAUGCUGUUUUUCUGCCUUACCAACAAAAGAGCUGUCUAGUAUGAGAAAAUAUGACGAAGUGGAGGCCAAAGCUGCAGAUAAAGAAUUCGAUGUUCUAAUGAAAAAAUCUGCAGAAGCCACGGGCAAGAAAAUGGUUAAAAAGUUUAUGGACACAUUCUACAAAACUGAAAACUACGAAGAAACAGAAUUCGAAAGAAAGGCUAUUGCCGACUUGCGAAAGUUUCUUGCUUUGAGAUAUCCAAGGCUUGACAUGAUUGGGCAAACAUGGGGUAGGUAUUGCAUUCCGGAACUAGUGCCUGCAAAAUUUCACGUCGAUAAAGUAGAAGUAGAGGGCGAAGCCAAUGACAAUACUCCUUUAUGCGCUACUUCAAAUCUUUAGAUUAGAUUCAACUGCACGAGGCGAUCCAGUUUUACACCAAUAAGAAAGUUUUCAUAGCAAUAGGGAAGUUUGUAGGCGCACCUUAGAUCCAGUUAAGCAACCAAGUGUGUCUGUUGGAAACAGGCUCACUGGUAAUUGGAGGGACUGGGACGAUAAGCAUAAGAUAAAGAAGAAGCAAUUGUCAAGUUUUGUAAUAAAGACAACUUUUUCUAAAAGCUUUAACGAUAAUGUACCUAGACUCUGAGUAAACCAUGACAAACUUUUUCGUACGUCAUGGGAAAAUGACAAGACACAUGCAAAAUACACACUAAAUUCUUUUACUAGUUACCUUCGUGCUAGGUCUCAUUAAAGUGACAAGCUACUAAGACAUAAGGCAGACAUAAGAUUUGUAGUUUUAGAUUGUCAAUUUUGCAAAUAUUAAUCAUAUUGUUUUAGCAGAGAAGCACUCAUCACUUAUGGCACAUUUGUAUUGCAACUAUUUAAUGUCUGCAGCAUCUUGUUAGCCUUUAUGUAAUUUAAUGCAACUUUAAUCUGGUUGCAUAAUUUAUGCAGCAAUUUGGAACCAUAAAGUUUUUAAUGCUUUAAUUCUGUUGCAAUGUUUCAUGAUAGAGCCAUUUUCACCUAGGCUUCUUAGGUACAAGGACAUUAAAUGAUAUCAGUUUUAAAUGAUUUAUGUACCCGCUUGUGUAGUUUGAUCUUAUUGUAAGAAUUAUAUAGAGUGUUGCUGGAA